GAUUUUUAAGGGUCUUCCACUUACAGAAGCUCUUAUAAAAACAAAUUACCCCAAUCGCAAUUCAAUAUUGAAAAUUAAAAAUAAACCCUUUUUUAAUAUAAAUUUAAUUUUUUUGAACAAACAUCCACAACGAAAAAGCUCAGCAAUCUUUUUCUGCUGAAAUUCUUUCCUACAGGUGAUAUUUGCGAAAGGAAAAACCAAAAAGAAGAUUAGAAAUAUCUAUUCUGUAUCAGCCCUGUGCCAAAGAAAUGCUCCCUUCACCAUACACAUAUUUUCACGUCCAGAUUUAAAAUAGAAAAGAUUUUGGCAAAACCUAUGUGAAAAGUUGCUUGAGUGAGACUGGUUUGCGUCUAUGUGAGGGGGCUGAUGCUCCACCAGUCAUCUGGCUCUUACGACUAUGAAUUUCUCUUGAAUCAUAUCCCCGAAGCUCAUUUUCGUCGUUUUUCACCAAGCCAGUGUCUAAAAUACAUAUAAAACAUCGUUUAAGAAAGACUUUUUUGUGUGAACCAGCAUUCAUUGAGCACCUAAACACUGCCAGGAUGCGUGGCAAAACUGCGCUUGCAUGCCGCACCGUAAUGCGUUUUCGAGGGGCGAAACCGGUUUGACUAGUCAUGCCUAUAAGCCCGAUCGCGCUCGAAAUUUGCUCGAAUUCUUUGUAGAUGAGAUAAUCCCAUUUCAUUUGAUUCCAUACGAAACCAAAAACUGGACUUUAUGUACUACAUUUGAUAUCGAUUUAAAGUUUUGCUUAAAACUGAUAUUGCAUAGGCUAGAGAAGUCGUAUGCAAGUCUUCUUAUUGCAGUGCUGACCUUUCUGGUGUUUCAAGGCAAAAGAUCAUGGUCUUUUUCAAUCUGCUGAUAUUUUUUGCUCUGCAUUGGCUAGAAGUCGCAGGUGUUAAAAGCGUAAUAACCCCGUCAUAUCUUUGGCCCCUUCGCUAUACCUACAACAAGAAAGUUCCGGUAGUACCCCCAUUGGACAUUCACGGUGAUGUUAUGAAUGACAAUUUUAGCCUUCACUUCGAUGGCAAAACCACGUGGCUUGAUGCUGGAGAACUGACUGGUAGCUGCAUAGCCCAGCCCGACAAAUGCACCAAUGGCUUGUCUGUAGCAAUGCGUGUCAAGCUCAGUGGAAAUGCUUCUGUCUCCCAAUCGCCCCAGUUUUUGUUUGACUCCGGGGGCUUCAAUGGCCAAGGCGUCUCACUUUAUCUAAAGAACGGAGAGCUUUACGGUGAAGUUGCUGACAAAAAGCGGUUUUGGAGGGCCACAACAAAACUUGAAGACGGACAGUGGCAUUUCGUUUUGUUAACAUGGUCAGCUCAAGAUGGCGUAAUGCUUUUCGUAGAUGGACCAAUCAGAAGCCAGAACUCACAGCCAAUCAGCUUUCAGUUGAAUCCAGUAGCAACCAGUAAUCAUGUCAUGAUUGGCAAAUGCAAUGCUGAAAUGGGAUCAACUUUGGCUGAGUUUUCCUCAGAUUUAGUGGCUCUCUUCGACAGUAUCACUCCGGAUGGAAAAAUCUACUUGUCAUAUUCGUUCUCAGCGCCAAGCUCCAGAGGAAACAUUCGCUAUGUCAACGCCAAAUUCAUAAACACCGCAGAAUUUGACUUGAUAAUAUUCCCAGAUCGAGGCGAACAUCAAAAGGACGGCUACCAGCUCGAGGCACACUCCUCCACACUUCUCGAGUAUGUUCUUCGCGAAGGUCCACUUCCUAUUGGUAUGAAUUUCAGGCUUCAGAAUAAAGGAAAUGGAGAGCAAUUAAGGUACAACGGAAGUUACGACUUUCAUGUCAUAUCAUCAGACGACAAGCAGGUUAUCAAACAGUACAGGAUAUUGCAGGACGGGAGCAUAUUAUCCUCUACAAGCACUGCAGCAGUGUCUAUUAACUAUCAAAUCAGGUCGGCAAAUAUUUCUAUUGAGCACGUGAGUGUUGGUGGGGGAAGCCCCGCAAAGGCUGGAGCUGAAUCUCCGUCUGCAGAGGAGCCAGAAGCUUUGAAAAACAACCCAGAAAACCCUUUGAAUGAAGAUACCAUUGCCAGCAACACAAGCAUGAAUGCAACUGCCCCACAGGAAGGAAAUACGACAUCUGGAGCAAGCCAGAUCAACCAAACUGAAAAGGCUACCAAAGAACCAUUCUCACAAAUGACGACAACGAUAGCUCCAACAUUGCCCCCACCCCCACAAUAUACAACACGUGCGCCAAAUAAAACUUCAGUCAACGAGACUAAAAAUUGGGCAACCACCAAUCCUUAUCAAGGGGGUGAUAUUGAUUUGAGUAAUCCAGAAAUGCCAGAUGAAGGAGAGAGUCUUGGCGGAAUAAACACCACUGGCCUGAACAACACACAGCUGAAUGGAACAGACGCCGAGCUUGACGCAUUGUUCAACGAGAAUGAGAAAACAGGCAACGUGACAUCUGGCGGACGCAAUGAAACUUCCACUGGAACGCUCAAAAUGAACAAUAAUGACACUUCAAAUGGCACUUCAAAUGGCACUUCAAAUGUAGGUGGCAAUGUCUCUUCGGCUGAAAUAACGAAAACUGGAACAAACAACAGCGACACAAACAACAUCACGGGUACUUCAAACGGGUCCAAUAACGACAAAAGUGACAAAGGAGUUUCUCAGAUCCAAUCAGAACUAAAUGCAGUAAACUUGAAAAACAAGGACAGAAAAGGGCCGGCGAUUACAAACCUGAAUUCUCUGAAUCCAUGGCUUCAAGUUGCUAAGCAGACGCAGAACCAACAGCAACAACCGAUCCUUUGGCAAAAUGGCCAAGGAAUUUUCAAUGCAAUUCAUGCAAGUAAUAAACUUGAUGGAAUGGGAACUGUGAAAUACCAUAACGAGGAAAAACUAAAACUGGGGGAACGCCCAGUUUGGCAGUAUCUUAACGAACCCCAGAAUAAUCAAUGGCUUUCGAAUAAUAGGUUUAAAACUGACUCAAAUGCGGUCGGCACAUCUCCUUUUAAAUUUGCUAACACGAAAACACAAGAAGAGGCAACCUCGUUUUACAAUCAGAAAAAGGAUAACAAGCCUCGGAAUCAGCAAACAGGAGUGACAGAAGAUGAUGCAACUUUGUUCGAUUCGUUUUAACAUUUUAUAAGUUUCGUUGAUCAGUUAAACCAUGAACUGAUUAUCCAUAGUGGAAAAUGGAUAGUCUUCCAGGCAUUCUGUCAGACCUUAAAUGGGCCAUUCCGUUGCCAUGGGCACGACAAUUUAAUUCGCUGCAAAGCAACAGGAAGAGCACCGUACCGCACUGUCCCUAUCUUUAUCAUAUUUAAGAACAUUGUAAAAGAACGAUCUUGUUUAUUUACCUAGUUCCUCGCAUUCUGAAUUCCUGAUGAAUAAAGUAAAGAAAUAUAGUAGUGGAUGCAAAGGAAAUUGUCAGGAGGGACAGUUUAAUAAUUACAAUUUCAAGACCAUUAAUGCAAGCGUAAUGCCAUUGCAAUUAUCAUUCGGGUUAGGGAAGAGAAAAUUACUUUUCACGUAAGUCUCUGAGUCAUCUAAAUAAACCCUUUUCUAAUCGACCUUCAAAACCCCAUUCGGAAUUGUUUCGUAAAUUUACAUCAAACCACCUCUUAUCUA